AUGAAUCUAUACGGUUAUUUUUUACUUCUCAUUAUUGUGAUUGCUUUCAUUGCAUUGUUGCCAUUGUUUUCUGGCAUCGGUACAUUCAAACUAACAAAACCGAAAUCGUCUGCAACAGCACAGUCAGCGACUGGUAAGCUUGGUAAGAGGGAAUAUUUGAAAAAAAAACUUGAUCAUACCAAUGUAUUAAAGUUUGAUCUGAAGGACACGGAGGAAAGCCUUGGCCAUGACAGUGCAAGUGCCUCUUCCGCUUCCAGAAAAUUUGAAAUAGACUCAAAGACAGGCCUUAAAAGACGUGUAAUUGGACAGUACAACAAAGAUCCAAAUGAUUUCGAUUUCGAUAUUGAUGACCUAAUUAACGAAGAUGAACUAGAUGAACGGAGAGAAGAAGAGAAAAAGUUGAAGAAGUACAAUGGUAAGAAAAAUGAAGCUUACGAAGGAUUUGUAUAA